UUUGUGUGAAACAGACCGCAAUGGAGAGAUCAGCGCCCAGGGAAGGGAGGGAACAGCAGGCUCCUUCUAGCAGCACAUCGGGAUGGGAUCCUGGGACACAGAGGGGGCUCCGAGACCGGGAUUGAUUCGGGGCAAAUGUUUGAUGGACCAAGAUAAUGUAAUAUUUCCUCAGUACAAAGCCAAGUAUGACCAUCUGCUUCUACCAACCAGCAGGAGAUGUCUCUUCUGUCUUCCUCCAGACAAAUACUUGAAGGACCAGGACAUAUUCCCUCAGGAGGAGGCCAAGUGCGAUCGUUCCUUCUCACAAACAGCAGGCAAGUACAAAGGACCAGGACAAUGUAAUAUUCCCUCGGUACAGAGCCAAGUGUGACCAGCUGCUUCGAACAAACAGCAGGUGGUGUCCCUGUGUCUUCCUCCAGAAAAACACCUGAGGGACUAAGACACUAAUACUCCCUCAGUUCAAAGGAAAGAGUGACCAGCUGUCUCUAACAAACGGAAGGAGGUAUCUCUUCUGUCUUCCUCCAGGCAAGUACUCAAAGGACCAAGACAAUGUAAUAUUCCCUCGGUACAGAGCCAAGUGUGACCAGCUGCUUCGAACAAACAGCAGAUCUCCAAAUGGACUAUCACUGGCGGAGGGCACUCCCGGAGAGGAGACGGAGAGUGGUGCUGAUGAUCUCUGAACCAAGGUGGACUGGCCAGCUCCUCAUAGGGUUGGGUCUGUGCUUUGCGGUACGACCCUCCGUGCAGGUAACAAAGGAUCCAUGUGGGGCAAAGGUAAUAUUGGAUGCGGACCCCGGAAUAAAGCAAACCUUUCAGUUCGACCUCUGUGAUGUGAUAGACUGUGGUGGGGGUGCUGAAGGGGCAUGGACUGGCUACGACGUGUAUAUGUGCCCCUGCUCAUGUCACCCGGCCCUCUCUGAUACAUGUGCGGGAUAUCCACAAAACCUGGGCCAUGUUGGGGAAGGCCACCCGUGUUAUACUUGGGAUGACGUUUGGUGGGGGCAAACACAUACCAGCACCCCGAAGCGAACGGAGUAUCGGGAUUUUCAACGGAAACUGUCCUUGAGGAGGGGACAGAUCUCGGCAGCACAAAGGAGAAAGAACCCCUUGCUCCUCCGGACCGAGGCCGGACUCUCUAAUCCCCUAUAUAUGACCGGGUGGUCUAGUAAAACCUGCAGGUAUUGGGAUGGUCAGAGUCGGCAUGGUAACCCGCUCAGGACCAUGUACUGGGACCCAGAAAGGACCAAGGUACUGUAUCUAGCUAUAGGGGUUGCCGUCUCCGGGAAGGACUCAGUGGGGUACAUAAGAAUCAAUCUGGGAAACACCAAUGCGGCUCGACCACGGGCCAAGCCAGAUGUUGUCCAAACUUUUGAAACAGAUAAGCUAGUCGACCCCCGGAGCCGGCUUGCUCUUGCCACAGGGUACACGGAGGCGAACGCCUGGAUUGACCGGAUCAUCCAGUUUUCGCAGCAGGCAGAGCAAGAAAACUGUUGGGUGUGCGCGAAAGGGAGACCGGGACUGAUUAUGAGUAGGACCCCGUUCGAGGAAGGACACAUGGAUUGUGCUGUUGAGUUAAUGUCCAAGACCAACCCCACAGUGAAAUGCAGAUCCUGGGAACAGUAUUUUCCAAUGGCCCCGCCGACCGUUACCCCACCCGACUUUGUUGUCCUCCCAUUGCUAAACUACACUUGCUUCACCAACCCCCGGUCACUUGCCCGGGGAUACAGGGUCGGUUCGGUGGAUGUAUCUAGUUGUAACAGGAGCUGGGAGCUCACCAAAGACGGGGCUGCCAAGUUAACCGUGAGUCGAGCGGACCUGUGGUGGUAUUGUGGGGGUAAGACCCUGUACAAUUGGCUUCCUCUGAAUUGGGAAGGGAGUUGCGUCCUCGUGACCCUGAAUGCUCCGCUUUUCUUGUCACCAAGAGCCCCCGGGGAUUACACUCUCCGGAAACCGCCCCGGGGACUCGAUGCCUACGUUCGGUAUAGGCGAGCCGUUAGUGGUCCCAAUACCUGGAUUAAUCUAGCUACAGGUAUAGUGGAUUUAAAAAAUCCGCAUGGGGUCUGGAUCGACGCCAUCGGUCAGGCUAGGAACAUUCCCGAUGAAUAUAAACUGGCCGAUGAGAUAGCCUCCAGUUUUGAGAGCUUCCCCCUGUUCGCAGCUAUCUUCCCUAUCACGACUAAUAAAAAUGUGAACAGAAUCAAUCUCAUCCACCACAAUGUUCAGAGGCUGGCCAACUUAACUGUGGAUGCAGUGGACGCGAUCCACGAACAGCUCGCUCAGACCUCGCUGAUGGCCUUACAGAAUAGGCAGGCCUUGGAUAUGCUCUUAGCAGAGAAAGGAGGGGUCUGCGCUAUGUUUGGCGAAAUGUGUUGUACUUCAAUAGCAAACAGUACGGGCCCGGAUGGGAAACUCACUAGAACGCUAAGGAAACUGCGUGUUCUGGCCGCUGAACUGAAGCUGCAGUCAGGGGUCAGUAAUCCUGUUAUAGAUUGGUUGAGUAAAACAUUCGGGAAGUGGGGAAGUAUGUUAGGACAGUUAGCCCUGGGCCUGAGCAUUUCUGUUGCUAUUUUUAUUAUUUGUGGCUGCUGUUGUAUCCCCUGUCUCAGGACCCUUAUGACCCGGACUAUCGACCGAGCCCUUACAGACAAGGACGACCACCUCUCUUCGCCCCCGUCUUACCAAGCUGUGCAGCAGGAAUGCGCGGGCGCUCCCUGUGCGACAGUGAGCAUGGCCGGAUUUGAGAUGGAGGGGGACCUCCCACCCCCUUGUUACGACUUUUGAGUGCUUAUGUCUAUUAUGUAUUAUUUCACUGCUUCUCGUGCCUUAACGAUUGUAUGCAAACUGGAGAGGCGCAUAGAGUAGGGAUUUUGCGGCGCGGAAUGCUUUGUGUAGUUGUAUGCUGCUUAGGGACUCCUUUCCACUAUAACUGUGUCUCCAUAGAGUCAGACAAGCCGGGUCACGUCAAGUGGUCGGUCUUGCAAAUGAGUGAUGGAGAGGCACUCACCGACCCACCAGGCCCUGACUGCUGCGUGCGAUUUGCUGUAUUUGUGGCCUCUCUGAGGCCAAGAGGGGGAAUGUUAGGUAGAAGUAGCACUAAGGCUAAUGUGAGAUAGAAGUAACACUAAGGCUAAUGUGAGAUAGAAGUAACACGAAGGCUCCUCAGUUUGGUGAAGGGACGCCAGUGGGCCCCAGAGGGGGAAACAGACACGAGGUCUGUGAAAAAUAACUGAACCAGUGGAAAAGUACUGAAAGAGCAGUAAAACUCGAAAAAAUGGAACAAAGGGGCCAUCUGGCACGUAGCAAGUUGAGCUAACUGAUAGCCGAAUAAGGCAUGCUAGAGCACUGAUAAGAGACUGGGACCAAUGACAGACCAUAGAACCGAACAUUACCAAAUAAGGGAACGGUGCAGAAACAAUGGGGGUAUAAAGAUAGACAACUUAGAACAAUAGAUUAGAACGCGCCUUCUCCAGCAAGCCUAAUAACUUGCUGUAACUCGAUUCUCUCUCGAAUAAAAGUGGUCUGUUUCUUAGAA